AUGCACAAGAUGUUCUUUUAGCACGCUGCCUUAACGCAUCAUCACAAGAACUUGAGGAAUUUUUUAACGACCUUUUAGAGCUCCUAUGCCAAUAUGCUGAUAUCUACAUACCAACUUUAAAAUCUUAUCUUUCCUACAUUUAUGAACAGUAUUCGUAUAAUCCAGAGUUCAGAGAACUCUUCCAUCUCUGUGUAGAGCUUCUUUGGAAGGUCUCAAAUAAUAGGACGGCAACCCAAACAACUGAACGCGUCUUCAAUGAGAUUGUGGAUACUCAUGGUGUUUUUGGCAUUUGGAUUUCAGACAAAUCUGGUCGUCAUUGCAUAAAGCGAAUUUUGUUUAGCUUCAAUAUGUUAAAAAUGAUCGAUCGCAAUAAGGCAUUAAAAGCGGUAGAUAUGGUUGCAUCUCUCGUGGAGAAUUGUUCUGAUCACAAUAACGAUACGUCACAAUUACCAGAAAAGCUUUCUGAAUAUAAAGCUUGCACGGCAUUGUUGGAAACACUAACAAGUUAUCAGAAUGCAGAACGUAUCAACUCAGACGCUAGAAGGAAUUAUUUUUUGCCAGAACUACAAGACAUGAUUAAACUUGAUAAAACUGAUCCCGAAACUCAAAAUUUUGAUGAGGAAUUUAUUACCUUUAAGUCUGUGACAACAACUAAACUCUUAUCUCUCUCAACUCAAGAUGAACAAAAUCUUGCUAUCUUGGGAAUGGAAGCUCCUAGAAAAUUAUCAGAGUUAACUAGCUUUUUACGAGUCCUUAAAGAACGAAAAAUAGAUUUGCUUAAGGUUUUAAUCGAAUUUUUACCAUGUGAAAAUUGUCACAGACAAGCUCUUGUUUAUUUCUCUCCAGAUAAAUAUUCUUCCCUCAUGAAUGAUAAUGUGUCUGAGACAAUAGAUUAUGAUUUAAUCCUAUCAGAACGUCGGCUUCCAUUUGAAUUUAGCGAUAGUGACAAGUUAGGUCCAUGGGACGUUCUGCUAAGUGAAGAUGCUAUUAGUGAUAUGCGAAAUUUAGAGUCUCCUCAAAUGAUUAAGGCG